AAUUCAGAGAGGGAUGCAGAUUAAUAUUCUGUUACGUCUUCAUGAUUUGGUAAUCCACCAAAAUCUGUUUAUGUUGUUGAUGAAGAAGAUGAAUGGGCUGCUUUAGUUAAAUUAGAUACAGAACUUCACUCAAAGGAACAUUAGCUAGAAAUGCAAAGGUAGGGCGAGUUUAAAAAAAAUGAAGGCAGACCUUGAUAGGUAAUUAGAGGAGAAAAGAAGGAGAUUAGAGGGAGAGGAGAAAUUGGAAGAGGCUGAUGUAGAGCUCAGAGAUUAUCAAAUGAAUGUGUAUGAAGAAAGAGAAGAUUAGAAGAAAAAGAGAAAAAAAGAAAGCAGUGGUUUGAAAAAGAGCAAAGAGAUCGUUAAGUUAGGGAAGAGGAAAAGAGAAGAUUUUUAGAGAAAAAAAGUAAUCAGAAUAGGAUGCAGUAUUGGUUCAAAGAAUUUAGGAAGAAUUAAAAUAAGAGUAAAGGGAAAUGCUUCAGAGGAAGGAGAUAGAGAAGAGAAAGUUUAUGGAAAUGAUGGAAGAAGAUGAAA